GGAGGGUCGAAGCGGUCGCCGCUUCCGCCACGCACCCACAUGAUGCUGGUGGCGGCAGAGCAGCGGCGCCGGCCGUUCGCCGGCGUCGACCGGCGUGGCGGGUUCUGCACCGCCACGCGGACGUUCCACAGCCUCCGCCCCGCGGGGAGGCUCCCGCCGGAGGAGCUCCCGCUGACGGUCGCGGAGUACGCGUUCUCGCUGCUGUCGUCGUCGUCGGGGCCGCCCGUCCCCGGCCGCCCCGCGCUCGUCGACGCCGCCACGGGUAUUGCCGUCUCCUACCGGUGCUUCGUCGCGGGGGUCCGGUCCCUCGCCGGUGGCCUCUGGUUCUCCCUCGGGCUACGUCCCGGGGACGUCGCGCUCGUCGUCACCCCGUCCCGCCUCGACGUCCCCGUGCUCCACUUCGCGCUCAUGUCCAUCGGCGUCGUCGUGUCGCCCGCCAACCCGGCCUCCACCGCCGACGAGUACGCGCACCAGGUCAGGCUCUCCAGGCCGGCCGUCGCGUUCGCGGCCCCCGAGGUGGCCGCGAAGUUGCCCCGCCAUGUGAGCUGCGUCGUUAUCGGGUCGGAGGUGUUCAGGAAGCUAGCCUCCGCCGACGGCGGUGCGGCGGCGCCCCCCGCGGUGGCGGUGAAGCAGUCGAACACCGCGGCAUUGCUGUACUCGUCGGGCACCACCGGGCGGGUGAAGGCGGUGGCGAUCACGCACCGCAACCUCAUCGCGCAGAUCAGCGCGUACAGCGCGAUACGCGAGACGGCGGCGAGGGAGGCCAUCAACGCAGGCAGGCCGACGCCGCCGGCGGCGGCGGCCGCGGCCGCGGUGACGCUGUUCCCCUUGCCGCUGUUCCACGUGAUGGGCUUCGGGCUGCUGACGCGCACCGUCUCCUCGGGGGAGACGGCCGUGCUCAUGCACCGGUUCGACCUCGCCGCCGCGGUGCGCGCCGUGGAGCGGUACCGCGUGACGCGGGUGUCCGCCGCGCCGUCGGUGCUGGUGGCCCUGACCAAGUCCGAGGAGGCGCGCCGCCGCGACCUCUCGUCGCUGCUCGCCAUCGUCGUCGGCGGCGCCCCACUGGGCCCCGAGGUCGCCGAGCGCUUCGCCGCCGUCUUCCCCAACGUGCAGAUCAUUCAGAGUUACGGUUUGACCGAGUCAACCGGGCCGGUGGCCUCCAUGGCUGGGCCAGUGGAGUCGGCGGCGUACGGAUCGGCCGGGAAGCUGGCGCCGCGCGUGGAGGCGAAGAUCAUCGACACGGCCACCGGCGAGUCGCUAGGGCCGGGGCGGCGCGGCGAGCUCUGGAUCCGGGGCCCAGUCGUCAUGAAAGGUUACGUGGGUGAUGCUGAGGUAACUGCAGCGACGAUCACCCCAGACGGCUGGUUGAAAACCGGCGAUCUCUGCUACUUUAACGAGGAUGGUUUUCUCUACAUUGUCGAUCGAUUGAAGGAGCUGAUUAAAUACAAGGGAUACCAGGUGCCACCAGCUGAAUUGGAGCAUAUUCUACAGUCUCGUCCUGAGAUUGCUGAUGCUGCAGUUGUGCCAUAUCCAGACGAAGAAGCCGGGCAACUGCCAAUGGCUUUCGUGGUGAGGCAACCGGGCACAAAUCUUACCGAGCAACAAGUCAUGAACUGUGUCGCUAAACAUGUUGCACCUUACAAGAAAGUCCGACGUGUGGCCUUUGUCACUGCAAUACCGAAAUCUCCUGCGGGGAAGAUCCUGCGACGAGAGCUUGCACAGCAGGCCGUUGCAUCCAGGCUUUGACAGGAAAUUUGAGCCCAGUACGGGGAUAUAUAUAUAUUCCCUCAGUUUUAAAAUAUAAAAAAUUUCUAUAUUAUUUUGUAUACAUUAGUGUUGAGAAUAAAGUAAAUGAGGGGUGGCUGAGAGUUAGAGAGUGGUUAGGAUAAAUGGAUAAUACAAGAUAUUUGUAUGACAGAUUUAACAGAUGGUUGAUUAAUGAAACAAGCAAUACUCUAGAUAUGCUUAUAUUAUUUAUA